AUGAACACGACAGCUAGUGUCAUCGCUCCCAAGACUACUCUGUCGGUCUCUACAGGCGCAUUCUUCAACAAAACGGACAGUGCUUCCAAUGCCAACUGCAUGCGCCAGAUAUACAGCGUCCUCUCGAAUGCCAACCGAAAUGGUGUCAUUUCGAGCUACCGGGCUUUUCAGGGUGAUGGGGUACCAGAAUCCAACUACUCGUACGCCUACCAGGCGGCCGAGUGCGGCAUCUGCACGUUCCGUAACGACCACCUCGGCACAGGUGAUUCGGAGAAGCCUUCCGAGGGCCUCAAUGCGGCGCGAGCAUUAACCGAAAUCGGCAUCCUGAUCUCAUUCCUCAAAAUGGCCAAUAAUUCUACCCAGAUCGGUGGUCAGCAGUGGAACAAGGUGGUUCUCAUUGGCCACUCGCGGGCUCGGCUCAUUCCUAGGCCGUCUCCACGACGCACCGGGACCUCCCUUACGGUAUUGUGCCCACCAGCUUCUCCACUUUUUACGGACCACAUGCCAUUCUACCUCACCUCGGUGGUGUACACGAAAGUCUCGAUGGUCUUCCCCGAGCGCUUCAGUAACCACAUCCUCCAUUUAUCAAAUAGUGCUCGACUUCGUCAGCGCCCAUGGGCUGCGGGCCUCGUUGCCAGUGCAGCAUUGGACAGUAGUCUAGUCAGUAUCUAUUCCAGCGGCUCCGCCAUUUCGAUAAUUCAUGCAUAA